AGGGCCUCGGCACCACCCACCGCCAGGGAGGCCGGGGUGCGGAGCCAGCCAGCUCUCCUUGGUGGGCGCCGCAUCCAGGGCCGGAGGAAGCCCCUUGAUCCCCAUGCCUGCUCUGCCCGCUGGAAGCCUGUCUGCUGCCCUCUCCCACUGAGGGUGGCCCGGGACAGAGGAGGAGGAUGGUGGAGAUGAGUCACUCGAGGCCUCAAGAGGAGACGUCACCUGCCCGAGGGCACUUCUAGCACAGCCAGCAUCAGACCAGGCCUGCUGCUAGGAGCCCAAGUCUGCGCCCUCGUGGUGCUGAGAGCCUCAGCACCAUGUUUGGGAAGAAGAAGAAGCGGGUCGAGAUCUCCGCGCCCUCCAACUUCGAGCACCGCGUGCACACGGGCUUCGACCAGCACGAGCAGAAGUUCACGGGGCUGCCUCGCCAGUGGCAGAGCCUGAUCGAGGAGUCAGCUCGCCGGCCCAAGCCCCUCGUGGACCCCGCCUGCAUCACCUCCAUCCAGCCCGGGGCCCCCAAGACCAUCGUGCGGGGCAGCAAAGGUGCCAAGGAUGGGGCCCUCACGCUGCUGCUCGACGAGUUUGAGAACAUGUCGGUGACACGCUCCAACUCCCUGCGGAGAGACAGCCCACCGCCACCUGCCCGUGCCCGCCAGGAAAACGGGAUGCCCGCAGAGCCGGCCAGCUCGGCCAGAGGGGCCCCGGAGAAAGCGGGCAGCCAAGGCCGGGGCACCGGUCGCAGCGAGGCGCGUGGCAGCAGUGGAGACAGGCGGCGGGGGGGGCCAGAGAAGAGGCCCAAGUCUUCCAGGGAGGGCUCAGGGGGACCCCAGGAGUCCUCCCGGGACAAACGCCCCCUCUCUGGGCCUGACGUCGGCACCCCCCAACCCGCCGGUCUGGCCGGUGGGGCCAAAGCGGCAGCUGGUCGGCCCUUUAACACAUACCCGAGGGCCGAUACGGACCACCCGGCCCGGGGUGCCCAGGGGGAGUCUCACAGCCUGGCCCCCAACGGGCCAUCGGCAGGGGGCCUGGCGGUCCCCCAGUCCUCCUCCUCCCGGCCUCCUGCCCGAGCCCGCGAACCCCCCAGCCCGGGAGUGCUGGGCCCCCAUGCCUCUGAGCCCCAGCUGGCUCCUCCAGCCCGCCCCGUCGCUGCCCCCGCCCCCGCCGGGCCCCCGGCCCCCGGGCCCCCCGGGCCCCGCUCGCCACAGCGGGAGCCGCAGCGAGUGUCGCACGAGCAGUUCCGGGCUGCCUUGCAGCUGGUGGUGGACCCCGGGGACCCUCGCUCCUAUCUGGACAACUUCAUCAAGAUCGGCGAGGGCUCCACGGGCAUCGUGUGCAUUGCCACGGUGCGCAGCUCGGGCAGGCUGGUGGCCGUCAAGAAGAUGGACCUGCGCAAGCAGCAGAGGCGUGAGCUGCUCUUCAACGAGGUGGUGAUCAUGCGGGACUACCAGCACGAGAACGUGGUGGAGAUGUACAACAGCUACCUGGUCGGGGAUGAGCUCUGGGUGGUCAUGGAGUUCUUGGAGGGCGGCGCCCUCACUGACAUCGUCACUCACACCAGGAUGAACGAGGAGCAGAUUGCCGCCGUGUGCCUGGCUGUGCUGCAGGCCCUGUCCGUGCUCCAUGCGCAGGGCGUCAUCCACCGCGACAUCAAGAGCGACUCCAUUCUGCUGACCCACGACGGCAGGGUGAAGCUGUCGGACUUCGGGUUCUGCGCCCAGGUGAGCAAGGAGGUACCACGGAGGAAGUCACUGGUCGGCACGCCCUACUGGAUGGCCCCCGAGCUCAUCUCUCGCCUCCCCUAUGGGCCAGAGGUGGACAUCUGGUCUCUGGGGGUGAUGGUGAUUGAGAUGGUGGACGGGGAGCCCCCCUACUUCAACGAGCCACCCCUCAAAGCCAUGAAGAUGAUUCGGGACAACCUGCCACCCCGACUGAAAAACCUGCAUAAGGUGUCACCCUCCCUGAAGGGCUUCCUGGACCGCCUGCUGGUGCGUGACCCGGCCCAGCGGGCCACGGCGGCUGAGCUGCUGAAGCACCCGUUCCUGGCCAAAGCGGGCCCGCCCGCCAGCAUCGUACCCCUCAUGCGCCAGAACCGCACUAGAUGAGGCCCAGUGCCCUGUCCCUGAACCAAAGAAAGAGCCCCUUGGGUCACCCCUGCCCGCCACGGGCCAGUCGGGGGCCGGCCCCCACUCCUCCCUGCCUGGGAGACACUCCAUGUGGCACCACCCUCCUUGCGGGGGGUGGGGGAGCGUGCAGGACCCUACUACUGAACUCCAGGUUUGAUUUUGUGACUUGUAAAAAAAAAACACAGGGACUUGUGGGAGCAAGUGAGGGUCCCCAGCCUCCCCACCCUCCGGGACAGUCCCUUCCUGUGUCUUCCUGUCUUCCAGGAAGGACAGGCGGCCCCCCAAUCACUGGAAAUCAUCUGCAGCGGGGGCUGCUGUGGGUGGAGAGAACACUACAAAAGGCGUGUGUGUGUGUGUGUUGUGUGUGUGCACACGCGUGUGCAUGUGUGCGUGAGUGUGUGCACACACGCCCGUGCAGAAGGUCCAGCUGCUCUGUCCUCCAGCCUGCAAGAGGGUGUCUCUGAGGCCUGCCUGACAUACAGCGCAGCCCCCUGGCCCCCCUGAGCCAUUGCGGGGGUCGAUCAUGAAUGUCUGAAGAGUGGCCUUUUCCCCAAGUCCUGCAUCCCCUUUCUGUGGCUGGCUGGGGAGACGGGGGUCGGGGCUUCCCGCCCAUCCCCAGCCUCUGCAGAUGACUACUGCACCUGGACAGCCUCCUCUUUUCUAGAAGUCUAUUUAUAUUGUCAUUUUAUAACACUCUAGCCCCUGUCCUGACCCGGGGACAGAUGGGUCUCUGCCCCGUGGGGCGGCACCAGGGACAGAACCACCGCUCGAAGAAUCAGGUUCCCAGCCCCUUGGUGCGGCCCUACCCCCCUCCCCUCCCUUCCCUCAAGUUAGUUUUACAAUUAAAACGUUUUCUUGUUUUGUG